AACCCAUGAUAACGUUGUGGCAUCUUCCGCAAUCUCUGCACCAAAACACAAAACUCUCCGAUCUGUAGAGGAACACAUACGCAGCGUCAAACAUGUCGAUACCCACGCAAAUAGCCGAGACGGUGCAGACAGCGCACAUCAACCGCGCGCCGUCCCCACACCACGACAUCAACCCGUCGACGUCGGCCUCCGUCAAGGAACCCGUGCGGGUCUCGUACCCGGACCCCGAGCAGCAUGACGAACGCGAGGCGGAGGUCGUCGUGGAGGGGGAGGAGUUUGCCUCGGAAUACGACGAAGACAACGAGAGCGAGAUACCAAUAAGCGUGCUGCGGCCGCACAGGAGGCGCCACGACUUCCCUCCCAUGCCGGACCUGAGGUUCGAGCAGAGCUAUCUGCACAGCAUCGAGAAGGCCGAGAGCUGGGGAGGCGUCGCUUGGAUUACCAUCAGGGAUCAGAUCAUGAUGCCUUUCGCGCAGGGCAUACUGUACAAUCUCGCCAUCUGUGGCUGGCAGUUUUGGAAUAAGAAUGCACAAUACAAUGGCAGCUCAGUUGGUGCUAGGAUACGGCGAUGGUGGUAUGGUGUGAACAACUGGCCAAUACCCACCAAGAUCAAGAGGGCUUGAAUCAAACGUCGCGGCGGUCAUGAUGACACAGUUCGGGAUAGGCGAAUAAAUGCGCGGGCACUCGAGAACAUCCAGCCAUACAUGUCGGUUAUAGCCCUCGAAGUGGGAAGGAAGCAUUACACUUCAUUUGCAUCCCAACGGAGGGACGCCUGGCACAAGGCAUUUUGCACUAAAGAUACAGCCCACUGCCUAUAUGUACUAUAGAGCCGCCUUGAAGUGACGUACAAGCUUUCUGGCAAUAACAUACAAACCAAGACUUCGUG